GGCUAAGCGGAUCUCCGUUUUGUGUUAUAAUGCAGUGAAUUUACAGAUACAAGUGAAAUUUAGUGUACUUUGAGGAAAGACAUGUCAAGAUCUUGUUUUUAAAUCAUUUCAUUAUUUUUGUACUUAAUAUACUGUUAAAGUUAUUUUCUCCGAGAAGAAUGACAAACGCUUCGAAAAGGAAAAUGUACCUGAGGAUGUGCAUCUCCUGGAGCAGAGGCUGGAGGCAGGUGACCGUCUGCGCUUCGCUCGGCUUCGCGCUGUUCGUCGUCGUGCACCUGAUCGUCCCGCGCUGGCAGGACGAGUUGGAGUUCAGCCGCAGCUAUUGGCACCCGCCCUCCCAGGCACUGGAGAGGGAAGACCAAAGACAAGGCACACUUCACUGGGAAAAGAGUGACCUCGAGAAGGCACUGAAAGAGAGCAUUAAGACGGAUGAACCAGCAGAAUCUCUCGGGCCGAAGGAGAGGAACGAGAACUUGCAACGCCGCCUUCAGGAGACAUGCAAGACGCUCAACAUCACCCUGCCCAUCAAACCAUACAUGCUCAGCCACCUGCACUUUGACCAUACACGCAAACUCCUCUAUUGCUACGUGCCAAAGGUGGCGUGCACCAGCUGGAAGAGAGUCUGGAUGAAGAUUAUUGGAAAGGUCUCACCUGACAAGGACCUGAGCACGAUCGGCAGGUACACCGUGCACACCUCCGUCCCCAACUUGGCCUCUCAGAAGGCGAUGGUCGACGAGGCGCUCGCGACGUACAAAAAGUUUCUUUUCGUCAGACAUCCUUUCGACCGCGUCCUGUCGGCCUUCAAGGAUAAGCUGGAGAGUACCGAUAAGACGAGUGUCUACGACUUCCAUAAGGAGAUCGGAGCUAAGAUACAGAAAAAGUACAGAACCGAAGGGGCGUCUCCAGAGGGUCACAACACGACCUUCUCCGAGUUCAUCCGUUUCAUCUCGGAGCCCGGCCACGGCACCUUCGAGCAGAGGAACGAGCACUGGCUGUCCAUUCACGAAAUGUGCAACCCGUGCGCCAUCAAGUACGACUUCGUAGGCAAGUACGAGAACCUCAAGGAGGAUGCCAAUUACGUGCUGGACUGGAUGGGUGUCAAGGACCUGGUGAAGGCUUUCCCCGCGUCCGACCGGCCGUUCUUCGCGCGCCGCUAUGACCCCAAGUACUUCAGUCAGCUCAGCCACAGCGACAAGAUGGCCUUCUUCACCAAAUAUCUCGCGGAUUUUGUGGCCUUCAGUUAUGACUUUGUCUGACCCAAGAGGAUUUCGUUUGUAUAUGAAUUUGUUGUAACAAAUUACCAAUAAGAAAAUAAAGUGUGUUUAUAUGCGUACUUAAGUAGUUGUUUAGAUACGAGACAGAGAACUGUGCUCAGAAGAACCAUCUACUAUAUUUUGAACAGAUGUAUAUUUCUGAUACUUUUGUUAUUUCACGGAAAGUUCCUCCUCAGUUCAGAGUUGUCUAAGGAAAACUGAAUUUCUUUGUAUCCUUAGCUCCACGAUUUGUUUUUAUUUUUCUGUGUGAUCUUAUAGCUUACCUUUUAUCGAAAAUUGUCUUUUGUUUGGUCUUUCUUUGUAGUUCAAGUCCUUCAAAUGAAGUGCCCUUACAAUGGCUGCACUUUGUCCACAGCAGCGCCCUCUAGAGUAAGCAUGUGAUGACUGUGAUGAUUUUCUAAACAAUAGUUUCACUUUGUAUACUUGACUGGCCUCUUCUUCAUUUGUGAGACCAUCGAUAUCUGUUCUUUAACUUCUUUUGUGUGAACCUCCUGGUACAGGUUCAUGUUAAUAACUCGUUUUUUUCGUUUCUUCGCCCGGACUGUUUAACACUGAUUGUACCUACUUGUAUAAAAGUUGGGUUUGACCACAGUACAUUUGUGUGUGUGUGUGUGUGUGUGUGUGUGUGUGUGUGUGUGUGUGUGUGUGUGUGUGUGUGUGUGUGUGUGUGUGUGUGUGUGUGUGUGUGUGUGUGUGUGUGUGUAUUAUUACUACGGUGGGCCUUCUAGAUUUAAGCCAAGCAAUCAUUCUGCGUGUGACUAAAAAUAUAUUGAUUAUUCAAAAGACUAUAGUGUUUGUAGUGUUUUGUAAAAGUGACAAUUCACAUGUUCAAUCCGUCGAACAGCUUUUGUCUCUAUUUCCUAUAA